UUUCAUGUGUGUAUAUAUAUAUAGAUGCAAUACUGUUUAGAAACCUGUAUAUUUUGCUUCUAAAACAUGUGCAUGAGCUGAGGACAGGAUGUAUUUGCAAAGCCUGAGGCAUCAUACAAAACCUGCCAUAUUGGAAGUGCUGGGUGAAUGCUCAGUCCUGUUUCCCCCUGGGUACAGUGUACUUUGUGCUUCUCUUUUGCAUUCGGAAGCCAUCAUGCCACCAACGCCUGUCUGACCCCCAUCUGUUCUCUGCGCGGGGCUGCUGUCACCACAGUAGAAGGCAUAGGAAGCACCAAGACCAGGAUUCAUCCUGUUCAGGAGAGGAUCGCCAAGUGUCACGGCACGCAGUGUGGCUUCUGCACCCCUGGGAUGGUGAUGUCCAUCUACACAUUGCUGAGGAACCAUCCAGAGCCCUCUCUGGAGCAGUUAACUGAGGCCCUUGGUGGUAACUUGUGCCGUUGCACUGGAUAUAGGCCCAUAAUUGAUGCAUGCAAGACUUUCUGUAACACUUCUGGCUGCUGUCAAAGUAAAGAAAAUGGGGUUUGCUAUCUGGAUCAGGGAAUAAAUGAAUUACCAGAAUAUGAAGAAAUAAAUAAGACAAGUCCAAAACUCUUCUCAGAAGAGAAGUUUCUGCCAUUGGAUCCAACUCAAGAAUUGAUAUUUCCUCCAGAGCUAAUGAUAAUGGCUGAGAAACAACCACAAAGGACCAGGAUUUUUAGUGGUGAUAGAAUGACAUGGAUUUCUCCAACGACCCUGACGGCACUUCUAGAAGCUAAAUUCAAUUAUCCUCAGGCCCCUGUUGUCAUGGGGAACACCUCUGUAGGGCCUGAUAUGAAAUUUAAGGGUGUCUUUCACCCAGUCAUAAUUUCUCCAGAUGGAAUUGAAGAACUGAAUUUUGCAAACUGUUCACAUAAUGAGCUGACCUUAGGUGCUGGCCUCAGCCUGACUCAGGUGAAGUACAUCUUGGGUGAAGUAAUCCAGAACCUCCCAGAGGAGAAGACACGGAUGUACCGAGCUCUCUUGAAGCAUUUGAGAACUCUGGCUGGAUCUCAGAUCAGGAACAUGGCUUCUUUAGGGGGCCAUAUCGUGAGCAGGCACCUAGAUUCAGAUCUGAAUCCCCUCCUGGCCGUGGGCAACUGUACCCUCAACUUGCUAUCAAAAAAAGGAAAACGACAGGUUCCUUUAAACGAGGAGUUUCUCAGAAGGUGCCCCAGCGCAGAUCUGAAGCCUGAAGAGAUCUUAAUCUCAGUGAACAUACCCCACUCAAGGAAGUGGGAAUUUGUGUCAGGCGUCCGACAAGCCCAGCGGCAACAGAAUGCGCUUGCCAUCGUCAAUUCGGGAAUGAGAGUCUUUUUUGGAGAAGGGGGUGGCAUCAUCAGAGAGUUAUCCAUCUCAUAUGGAGGCGUUGGGCCGACCACCGUCUGUGCAAAGAAUUCCUUCCAGGAACUCGUUGGAAGGCCCUGGAAUGAAGAGAUGCUGGAUGCGGCUUGCAGGCUGGUUCUGGACGAAGUUACCCUUCCAGGCUCAGCUCCGGGCGGGAGGGUGGAGUUCAAGAGGACUCUCAUCAUCAGCUUCCUCUUCAAGUUCUACCUGGAAGUGUCACAGAUUCUGAAGAGGAUGGACCCUGUUCACCAUCCUAGCCUUGCAGACAAUUAUGAGAGUGCUUUAGAAGAUCUUCAUUCCAGACAUCACUGCAGUACAUUCAGGUACCAGAGUGCAGACUCAAAGCAGCUUCCUCAAGACCCAGUUGGCCAUCCUAUCAUGCAUUUGUCUGGUAUUAAACAUGCCACAGGUGAGGCCAUCUACUGUGAUGACAUGCCUACGGUGGACCGGGAACUUUUCUUGUCUUUUGUAACAAGUUCAAGAGCUCGUGCUAAGAUUGUGUCUAUUGAUCUGUCAGAAGCUCUCAGCCUGCCUGGCGUGGUGGACAUUGUGACUGAGGAACAUCUUCGUGGCGUAAACUCCUUCUGCAUUUUAACCAAACCGGAGGAACUUCUGAGGACAGAGGAGGUGUCCUGUGUGGGCCAGCUCAUCUGCGCCGUGAUUGCAGAGUCCGAGCUCCAGGCAAAGCGAGCGGCCCAGCGAGUGAAGGUUGUCUACCAAGAUUUGCAGCCACUGAUCCUGACAAUCGAGGAAGCCAUACAGCACAGUUCCUUCUUCAAACCAGAGAGGAAACUGGAAUAUGGAAAUGUGGAUGAAGCAUUUAAAGUGGUUGAUCAAAUUCUAGAAGGUGAAAUACAUAUGGGAGGUCAAGAACAUUUUUAUAUGGAAACCCAAAGCAUGCUUGUUGUUCCCAAAGGAGAGGAUCAAGAAAUCGAUGUUUAUGUUUCUACACAGUUUCCCAAAUACAUACAGGACAUUGUUGCUUCGACCCUGAAGCUCCCAGCUAACAAGGUCAUGUGUCAUGUAAAGCGAGCUGGUGGGGCUUUCGGGGGGAAGGCUUUCAAAACCGGCGUCCUGGCAGGCAUCACUGCGUUUGCCGCCAGCAAACACGGUCGUGCAGUCCGCUGUGUUCUGGAGCGAGAAGACAUGUUAAUCACUGGAGGCCGCCACCCUUACCUUGGAAAGUACAAAGCUGGGUUCAUGAACGAUGGCAGAAUCUUGGCCCUGGAUAUGGAGCAUUAUAGCAAUGGAGGCGCCUCCCUGGAUGAGUCAUUACUUGUGAUGGAAAUGGGACUUCUGAAAAUGGAAAAUGCUUACAAGUUUCCCAACCUGCGCUGCCGGGCGUGGGUGUGCAGAACAAACCUUCCAUCCAACACAGCUUUGCGUGGCUUUGGCUUUCCUCAGGCGGGGCUCAUCACUGAGUCCUGUAUCACCGAAGUGGCAGCCCGGUGUGGUUUGGCCCCUGAGCAGGUCCAAAUGAUAAACAUGUACAAGGAAAUUGAUCAGACACCCUACAAACAAGAGAUUAAUGCCAAGAACCUGAUUCAGUGUUGGAAAGAAUGUAUGGCCAUGUCUUCCUACUCCCUAAGGAAAGCGGUCGUGGAAAAAUUCAACUCAGAGAAUUAUUGGAAGAAGAAAGGGUUGGCCAUGGUACCCCUGAAGUUUCCUGUUGGCCUUGGCUCAGUUGCUCUUGGUCAGGCUGCUGCCUUGGUUCACAUUUACCUGGAUGGGUCUGUGCUGGUGACUCACGGUGGGAUCGAAAUGGGUCAGGGGGUCCACACUAAAAUGAUUCAGGUGGUUAGUCGUGAAUUAAGGAUGCCAAUGUCUAAUAUCCACCUGCGUGGGACAAGCACAGAAACUGUCCCUAAUACAAACAUCUCUGGAGGUUCCGUGGUGGCCGAUCUCAACGGGCUGGCAGUAAAGGAUGCUUGUCAGACUCUUCUAAAACACCUUGAACCCAUCAUCAGCAAGAAUCCUCAAGGCACUUGGAAGGAUUGGGCACAAGCUGCUUUUGAUGAAAGCAUUAGUCUUUCAGCUACUGGAUACUUCAGGGGCUAUGAGUCAAACAUGAACUGGGAGACAGGCGAAGGCCAUCCUUUUGAAUAUUUUGUUUAUGGAGCUGCCUGUUCCGAAGUUGAAAUAGACUGCCUGACAGGUGCUCAUAAGAACAUCAGAACAGACAUCGUCAUGGAUGUUGGCUGCAGCAUAAACCUAGCCCUUGACGUAGGCCAGAUUGAAGGUGCAUUUAUUCAAGGCAUGGGACUUUAUACAAUCGAGGAGCUGCACUAUUCUCCUCAGGGUGUCCUGUAUACUCGUGGCCCAAACCAGUAUAAAAUCCCCACCAUCUGUGACAUCCCCGCAGAGUUGCACAUUUCUCUACUGCCUCCGUCUCAAAGCUCCAGUACCCUGUAUUCAUCGAAGGUCUAGGAGAGUCUGGGAUAUUCCUGGGAUGUUCAGUGUUUUUUGCCAUUCAUGAUGCGGUGAAUGCAGCACGACAGGAGGGAGGCCUGU